AGUACUUAACCAUUCCCCAAAUACCAAAAGUUUUAUAGUUUGACUUGUACAUUUGCAAAAUGUUUACAGUUACUUGAGGAACUUCGAGUACCCACUGUAAGGACUUACAUGUCAUGAUUUACACGUCUCUGAAUAUUAUACUUGACAAUUUGUCAGAUCAGUAACAAUACUAAGUCUACUGAACAACAAGAGGUUAAUGGUACAUCGGCUUAGCUGAAACUGGAGUACUACACAGACUCUCUGUACAGUGCACAUGUGUGGAGUUGAGCAUUGGCAAUUCGUAUGAGUCCUGUUGGGUGAAGAAAGACGCAAAGAUGGGGAGAAACAGCUUCAACAUGGGGCAAUACAAGGGUGGGGAAUAUGAGUACGAGACAGGGGAAAAGCAGUCAAAGUCGAAGGGAGCAAUAGCCCUCGUGGUUAUUUUAGUGAUUCUAGUGUUAGCACUUCUGGCUUUAGCUAUAACGUUUGGAAUAUUGUGGUCGCAGGAAAGGAACAAACCAGAACAAGCAACGACUGAGCUUCCUCCAACGCCAACGACAGAGUCACCAAAACCCCCCGAGGUUGAAACUGAGCGCAUCGAUUGCUACCCAGAGGCAGGCGGAGGUGUGGAUCUGGCCACACAGGAAAAAUGUGAAGCACGGGGCUGUAUUUGGUCCCCAAGUACAAUGCCAGGUGCUCCUUCUUGCUUCUAUGGUACAAAUGUUGGAAGAAAACAGUUAGGAGAACCAGAAGACACAGAUCUCGGAUAUAAGGUUAAACUGUCAAGUUCUGAUCAAACAAAACGUAGGUUGAAGAGGGAUGUUGUCGAAGAAGAUGAUAACCCUGAUGUAGACCCAUUGGUAUUUGAGGUCCAAAUGUUGGAAGAUAAUCUACUUAGAUUCCAGAUUUAUGAUGAAGGAGAUACACGAUAUAGGGUACCUAUACCCUUGAAUCUCAAGAACACGAGAGCAAGUAACCCAACAUAUGCAGUGGAAAUAACAAGUACAGAUCCAUUCCAAUUUAAAAUUAUUAGAAAAUCUACUGGGAAAACUUUAUGGGACACAAGUGUAGGGAGUUUCGUGUUUCAAGACCAGUUCAUACAAAUUGCCACAAAAUUACCAUCGGAAAAUAUAUAUGGUUUUGGGGAAAAUGUGCACCAGUCGUUCAAACAUGACUUGAACUAUAAAACAUGGCCUAUGUUCUCUAGAGAUCAACCUACUCAGGGAGGGGGUUCUACUCAAAAUCAUUAUGGUGUGCAUCCCUUUUACACAUGCCUAGAAGAUAACGACGGGAACAGUCAUGGUGUCUUUCUACUAAACAGCAACGCUAUGGAUUACACUCUCAGUCCCGCCCCCAUGCUAACUUAUAGAACUAUUGGAGGUGUUCUGGACUUUUACAUGUUCCUUGGACCAACACCUGAGAAUGUGGUGCAACAAUAUACACAGCUUAUUGGGCGGCCAUAUAUGCCUCCAUAUUGGAGUCUAGGGUUCCAGCUUUGUAAAUAUGGUUACAACAAUAUAGAAACGGUCAAAGAAGUAGUAGAUAGAACACGAAGAUAUAAUAUCCCACAUGAUGUUCAAUAUGUUGAUAUCGACCAUAUGGAUGAACGAAAAGACUUUACUAUUGACCAUGUCAACUUUCCUGGGCUUAGAGAAUAUUUCGAUCAGCUCAGAGAACAAGGGAUGAGAACUAUUACAAUUCUGGAUCCUGCAUUGAUUGUCAAUGAAACAAAUUAUGAACCAUAUGAGCUGAUGAAAGAAACUGAUAGCUUUAUACAAUGGCCGGAAGACCCUCCUAUACCUGAAAUGGACAAGGCAUGGAUUGGAGGAGAUAAGAAUUACAUGAUAGGUUAUGUGUGGCCAAAAGGACCAGUUGCGAUUCCAGAUUUCAUGAAAAACACCACUCACAAAGCAUGGAGCCAUUUGAUCAAGAAACAUUUUAACCAUUCGCUCAGAUUUGAUGGCCUUUGGAUUGAUAUGAAUGAAAUUGCCAGUUUUGAUACGAAUAGAGUGCGUCCAUGGAACUGGCCCGAGAAGGACAAACCUUAUUGGAACCUUAUUUGUCCCAACAAUAAAUGGGACGAUCCACCUUAUAGAACAAAGGCUGCAUUUAAUUGGGAUAAUAAUGACCAAAUGGAACGAUUAUCUAUGAAAACAAUUUGCAUGGUGGGUCUCCAAGGAAACAGCCUUGAGUAUAGACAAUAUGACACACAUAGCCUGUAUGGGUGGAGUCAAACUAAACCUACAUUAGAUGCAUUACGUGAGGCUCAUGGGGGCACAAAAAGAGGACUGGUCAUAUCCAGGUCUACCUACCCUGGGAGCGGGGCCCAUGCGGGCCAUUGGUUGGGGGACAAUGCCAGCAAGUGGAAGGAUUUACAUGAAUCAGUUAUCGGAAUGCUUGAAUUUAAUUUAUUUGGCAUUCCUUAUAUUGGGGCUGAUAUAUGUGGAUUCUUUGAGAAUUCCAAUGCUGAGCUUUGCAAACGCUGGAUGCAACUUGGUGCUUUCUACACAUUUUCUAGAAACCAUAAUGGCAACGAUUUUAGACGUGGUGGAACACCUCAGGACCCUGGUUAUUUCGGAGAUGAGGUUGCCAGGAUGUCACGUGAAGUGCUUGAAACGCGUUACAGAUUCUUACCGUACCUAUAUACGCUGUUUUACUACGCCAACAGUCGUGGUGAUACUGUCAUUCGACCUCUCAUGCACGAGUUUCCAAAUGAUGCGAACACAUGGUCAAUAGACAGACAGUUUUUGUGGGGUGGAGGGUUACUGAUUUCACCUAUUCUGGAAGAGGGUCAGAGUAUUAUUGACAUGUAUCUCCCAAAGGGUUUGUGGUAUGACUAUUACACAGGCGCACUCAUCAAAACUGGAGAAGGAACCAAUACCACUUUUGAGGUGAACUCCCUCAGUCCAAUUCCCCUUCAUCUUAGGGGAGGAGUUAUAUUUCCAUUGCAGGAACCCGCUGUUACCACAACAUUAAGUCGAAAAAAUCCAUUUUCUCUAUUGGUUGCAUUAGAUGACAAUGGACAGGCAAGUGGUGACCUCUAUUGGGAUGACGGGGAAAGCAUUGAGCCCCUUUCCAAGGAUGAAUAUUCCUACUUUGAGUUUGUGGCAAAAGAGAACACACUUACUGUGACAAUUGUAAAGAGUUACAUACCGGAUAUAGAAACACUUAUCAUGGAUACUGUGCAUAUACUUGGUGUUAGUGGAAAUGGUAUUAGGGUUACAUUGAAUGGUGGAGAUCAUAAUGAUGUCAUCCUAGAGACACCAGAGCAUCCUGGUGGGAACAAUGUAGUUGUAAAUACGAAGGUUUUAAAAAUAACCAGGAUGAACCACCCAAUGUCAAACAAUCUCACAAUAACCUGGAAAACUGGGGAAGAAGGGAGUGAAUCAAGAAUCGACUGCUGCCCAGAAUUUGAGAAAAAUCCACAGUGGCUUUCCAAAGAUAUAUGUGAUAGCAAAGCAGCAUGUACCUGGGAUGAUACCAGUAACACAGUACAGGGAAUACCAAAGUGUUACAUAUCCAGCCCGAACUACGGUUACAAAUUCGUCUCACAAAAUAAAACUAAUCAUGGAUAUGAUAUCAGACUUCAAAAGCGGAAUGCAGUGGAUACAUUAUAUCAAGAAGAUAUCAAAGAUAUAACAUUACGAGUAGAAUUUAGAGGGAACAGCAUUGUUCGAUUGAAGUUCUUUGACCACAGCAAUGCGAGAUACGAAGUUCCUGUGGACAUUUCGUUGCCAUCUGAGCCUGGUAGAAGUUGGCUUUUGGAGUUCAAAAUCACCAACCAGGAUCCGUUUAAUUUCCAAAUUAUUCGAAAGAGCACUGGUACUGUCAUAUGGGACACCGGUGUAGGUGGAUUCACAUUUGCAGACAAAUUUUUACAAAUUUCCACGCGCAUCCCAUCCAAAAACGUGUAUGGUUUUGGCGAAAAUUUGCAUACAGAUUUCAAACAUGACAUGAACUUUAGGACCUGGCCAAUAUGGGGUAGAGAUCAGCCGCCAAAUGAUGUAGGUAUGAACUUGUACGGGACCUAUCCUUACUACACCUGUAUUGAGGAUGAUGGAUUGUCACAUGGGGUGUUUCUACUGAAUAGCAAUGCUCAAGAUUAUUCCUUCACGCCUUUACCAAAGCUAACAUACCGUGCUAUCGGAGGUGUAUUCGAUUUCUACUUCUUUGCUGGUCCAUCUCAAAAUUCUGUACUUGAGCAGUUUACGGGGGUCAUUGGUAGGCCAUAUAUGCCACCAUAUUGGGCACUUGGCUUCCAGUUAUGUAAAUAUGGAUAUAAUAAUAUAUCAAAUUUGCAAGCUGCAGUAGAGAGAACCAGACAAUAUGAAAUUCCACAUGAUGUGCAAUAUGCUGAUAUUGACCAUAUGGAAGCUGCAAAAGACUUCACUGUUGAUGACAUGAAUUUUCCUGGCCUCAACGACUACUUUAAAGAACUACAGUCUGGUGGGAUGAAGAUCAUCAUCAUUCUUGAUCCUGCUUUUACAACUAAUGCGACAGAUUAUGAACCCUAUGAGUUAGGACUUGAGAAUGACAUCUAUAUCAAAUGGCCCGAAGAAAGGAUCCCACAGGAGGAUUUUGUGGUCACAAAUAGCUCGGCUAUGCUUGGAUAUGUUUGGCCCCAAGGUAAAACUGUUUUCCCCGAUUUCUUCUUGAAUCGCACAGAGGUUGUGUGGACAGACCUCAUCGUAAAACACCAUAACCAAAAACUUGUUUUUGAUGGUCUCUGGAUCGAUAUGAACGAACCAGCCAAUUUUGGCACUAAUGAGGAUAAACCAUGGAAUUGGCCUGUUGGCGAACCUGCCUGGAGCUUAAAAUGCCCAGAUGACGAAGACCCUCCAUAUAUGACACGAGCAGCAUACCACUUUGAUUACAAUGAUAACACUAAGAAGGGAAGACUCUCUGAUAAGACACUUUGUCUCAUUGCUAAGCAGAAAGAUGGACAGUAUGACCAUUAUGACGUACACAAUCUUUACGGACAUAGCCAAAUAAAGCCAACUUUGAAUGCCAUACGGAAGGCUGUUGGCGAUGAUAAACGGAGUUUAGUUGUUACACGAUCAGCGUUCCCUGGUAGUGGUGCAAUGGCAGGGCACUGGUUGGGAGACAACGAUGCAAAUUGGAAUGAUUUGAGAUAUUCCAUCAUUGGCAUGUUGGAGUUCAAUCUUUUUGGCAUUCCCUAUGUCGGGGCUGAUAUUUGUGGAUUUUUUAACACACCAACGCCUGAGCUAUGCGGCCGUUGGAUGCAGCUUGGAGCUUUUUACCCAUACUCUAGAAACCAUAACCACGAAUCACCUCCGCCACAGGAUCCGGGUUACUUUGGCGAAGAAGUUGCCCGAAUGUCACGUGAGGCUCUAGAGACUAGAUAUUCCCUUCUACCGUACCUUUAUACCCUGUUCGAGAGAGCCCACACUACAGGAUCCGCUGUAGUCAGGGGCAUUAUGUAUGAAUGGCCAGAUGAUAAAGAGGCUCUUGCCAUUGACGAGCAGUUCAUGUGGGGACCAUCUCUACUAAUUUCUCCAAUAUUAUACGAGAAACAAACUUAUCUUAAAUUAUACGUUCCUAAAGGGCGCUGGUAUGACUUCUACUCUGGCGGUGUCAUGCCUUACAGUGGGGAUUUCUACUCAAUGGAGGUCAACAGUACAACCAAAAUUCCAUUACAUAUUCGAGGUGGCUCGAUACUUCCAACCCAGGAACCUGCAAAUAAUACUCAUUUUAGUCGAAUGAACACCUUCGGUCUCAAGGUGGCGCUGAGUGAUUGGGACGACGCAUUAGAUGGUAUGGCAAGUGGUCAACUAAUGUGGGAUGACGGUCAAUCGAUAGAUACAUUUGAAAAAGGAAAUUAUUACCAUGCUGUUUUUACUAGUGAAAGGAAACAAAAGAACGUUAAAAUGAGCAUUCAACACAAUGGGUUAUCAAACAUGGACGCACUAAGAUUAUCAAGUAUAGAUGUAAUGGGGGUGAGAAACAGCUAUCCACCACAAUUCAUCUAUAUAAACAACACCCAAGAGCAUAAGAAUUUCACUUAUGAUGCAGACAACCAGGUACUACAUAUAGCAGAUUUAGAUCUCUCGAUGGGUUAUGACUUUGAGGUGUCGUGGAAAAGGGACAAGUUGACUACGCAGGAUGAGGCAGAGCGGUUGGAUUGCUUCCCAGAAGCAUUCAGUCACGAGAAUGACGUGGGCCAAAGCAAAUGUAAAGCGAGGGGAUGUAUUUGGGAAAAGAAUACUGACAUCUAUAGAGUUCCAUGGUGCUAUCUACCAAGAUUAGAUUAUGGUUACACCGAAACAGACCGGAAUCCAACAACCAAUCCGACAGGUACCAUUUACAGACUCGAACGUAAAAGCAAUAUGUCAAUGUUUGGUGGAGAUAUAGAUGUGAUAAACCUUAAAGUUGAAGAGACAACAGACACAAUGAUGAGAUUCAAGUUCUUUGAUCCCAAUGAAAACAGAUAUGAAGUGCCUAUACCUCUGAAUAUACCAGCGGGGUCUGCAACAAAUCCUUUAUAUGAAUAUGAAGCGGCUACAGAAAACAAUGUCUUUUCUUUGAAAAUUAAACGUAAAUCAACAGGAAAUGUGAUAUGGGAUAUGGGUAUAGGUGGUUUUACAUUUGGAAAUCAAUUUUUACAAAUUGCAACACGUUUACCUUCUACAAAUGUUUAUGGUUUUGGAGAAAACCGCCACUUUAGUUUCCGUCAUGACUUGGAUUUCCAAACGUGGCCGAUGUUCGCGAGGGAUCAAGCUCCUGGAUGGGGGGAUUAUGGUAAUCUUUAUGGGGUGCACCCAUUCUAUACAUGUGUGGAAGAUGAAGAUGGGAACACACAUGGUAUCCUACUUCUUAACAGUAAUGCCAUGGAAUAUAAGUUCCAGCCCGGGCCAGGAUUGAUUUAUAGGACUAUCGGAGGCAUUCUGGAUUUCUUUGUUUUCAUGGGACCGUCUCCUGAACAAGUCACACAGCAAUAUCAUCAGCUGAUAGGAAAACCUUACAUGCCACCAUAUUGGUCGUUGGGGUUCCAGCUGUGUCGCUAUGGUUACAACCACAUUGACAACAUGAAAGCUGCAGUUCAGAGAACCAUAGAUGCAGGGAUACCAUUCGAUGUGCAAUAUGGUGAUAUAGAUCACUUUGAAGAACGAAUGGAUUUUACAUAUGACAAAGUGAACUUUGCUGGUCUUCCUGAGUAUAUUAGAGACAUCCAAUCCAAGGGAAUGCGUUUCAUCAUUAUUCUUGACCCUGCUAUAAUAAGUAAUGUGACUGGCUAUGUUCCCUAUGAAGAUGGCUUAGACAAGGACGUCUGGAUCAAGUGGCCCACUGGAACAGCACCAAAUGACACAUUUCAUAUUGAUGACAACAUGAAAGGCUAUGUUUGGCCAAAGGGCCCUACAGUUUUUCCCGAUUAUUUCAAACCUGCGACUAAAGAUUGGUGGAAGGAACAGUGUCAGGCACAUCAUGACGAAAUUCCCUUCGAUGGACUUUGGAUUGAUAUGAACGAACCUGCUAAUUUCGGUACAAAUGAUGAAAGACCAUUUAACUGGCCCGAAAAAGACAUACCGUAUUGGAGCUUAAAAUGUGCCACCAACAAUCUUGAUGAUCCACCAUACAAACCAAGAGCUGUUUUUGGUCCUCGACUAUCAGAGAAGACACUUUGCAUGGUUGGUCUCAGUGAGGGUGGGUUGACACAAUAUGACGUGCAUAACCUCUAUGGUUGGAGCCAGUCAGAACCAACACUAACAGCACUGCGAAGUUCACUGACAGGGGAGAGAGGAAUGGUCAUAUCUAGGUCAACAUAUCCCAGUAGUGGUAGAUACGCUGGUCAUUGGCUGGGAGAUAAUGAAAGCAAAUGGUCCGACCUUUAUGAUUCUAUCAUAGGGAUGUUAGAAUUUAAUCUCUUUGGAGUUCCAUAUAUUGGUGCAGAUAUAUGUGGCUUUUUCGCCGAGGCCACCCCAGAGCUGUGCCAGAGGUGGAUGCAACUAGGAGCAUUUUAUACAUUCUCAAGGAAUCAUAAUGGUUUAAAUAAUAGGGCUCAAGAUCCAGCAGCAUUUGGUCCGGCUGUGGCAGAAUCUUCCAAGAAGGCUUUGGAGGUCCGCUAUACACUACUUCCAUAUCUUUAUACGUUGUUUUAUGAAGUGAAUCAAAAUGGCGGAACAGUUAUAAGACCAGUAAUGCACGAGUUCACCCAAGAUAGAACUACCUUGGGUAUAGACAGACAGUUUCUUUGGGGACCAUCAGUGUUGAUAACUCCAGUCCUUGAACAGGGGAAAACAGAUGUAUCCGGCUAUUUACCCAAUAGCAGAUGGUUCGACUACUACACGGGAAAGGAAGAAGAUAAUGUCGGUCGUUAUGUUACCUUUGCCGCCCCAUUAGACCAUAUACCAGUUCACAUUAGAGGUGGAUAUAUCAUUCCCACUCAGCUACCAGCCAACAACACACAUUUCAGUCGUUUGAAUCCAAUGGGUGCAAUAGUUGCACCUGAUAGUAAAAAUGAAGCUAACGGGAAACUGUUUUGGGAUGAUGGAACAACGAUAGAUACAGUUGACAAUGACAAAUAUUAUCUCGCCUCCUUCCUCUACUCAUCAAACUCUUUCGAAAUGAAUAUCAACCAUACAACAACCAUACCCACUGUCAACUUUGAAUAUCUUAGGGUGUUUGGUAUUCAGAACAUUCCAACAAAUAUGCAGAUCAAUACCAACAUACCGCAUGACAUUUUUGAAUAUGAUUCCGAUACAAAGGAACUCUACAUUCAGGAUUUAAAUCAUACGAUGAGCUCAAACAUUAAAAUCACAUGGGACUAACUGCUAUCGCACCAUAUCAUGACACAUCCGCAGCUGCCGAGACAUAAUGGAGAUUAUUAUCAUAUAGGAGCUGUUUAGAUAUUAAUCAAUUAAUUGAUAUUAAUGAAACGAAGGAUUAUGAUAGAAUAAUAAGAAUGUUCAUAAAGAACAUAUAACAUUUGCAAAAGAUAUAUUAUUUAAUAUUAGGUAUAUUCAUCAAUUACAAAUGACUGUUAUACAAGUAUCAUUUAUGUUCUAGUUGAGUGUUCUAGUUUUUGUAAGCAUUCUUGUGUAAAUAUGAAAAGGAUAUAUUAUAUUCAUAACUAUCACUAUUUCUAUCCAUUCGUUAUUUGUUCCAAUGUGUAUUUUAAUAUUUCAAUAUACAUAAAAACGU